UACAUUCAUUUCCAUCAUUUCGGUGAUUUCCACAAUAAGAAAUGUGGAUCGUUCGUUGUCUAGGAUUUUAAUUAUGUAAAAGUUUGAAUUGAACUUUAACCGCAUCAACGAUAUAAAAUAAUAUACGUCCCUUCUAUACACUAAGCAUAAUCAAAUCUAUUAAUUCAGUCAAAACAUGGUAACACGAAAGCCCAUAAAUUGGUUCCUAACUGAGAAAGGCCGCACAUUUUCUUUCUCCGUAAUUACGGGCACUGGAAUUGCAUGUGCAGCAGCUAAAUAUGGUCCACAGACAUUUUUCUUGGAUAAAUAUAAAAACUUCGUACACUAUUACAACAAUGGUGAACCGGCACUUUUGUCUAAGGAACUUCGCGAUAGAUGUUCAAAAUGUCUGGACAUCCUGAAAAUACCUGAUGUUCACCGAAAACUUGUUGUGCCAUUCAGUGUUUUUGGAUUUGAUUUGUUUCAUGCUGGCAGUAAAAAUUCAAAAUUUGGAGUGGCUAUUGGAAUUCCAGUCAACUUCAAUUAUAAAACCUUGGCAGAUAUACAAGCAGAUGAUAUUCAGGUUAAUCAAAAGAAAGUUGACUGGGAAUCUGAAGCUGGAAAAAAAUUGGCUGAAGCUUUAAUACUGCCAGAAAAGGUGCAAGAAUUUGCAAUAUGUCGGGAAAUUAUUAUGACACAGAAUAAUAAAAUAGUGUAUCAAGCUGCAUAUCCAUUCACAUGUCUAUUUUUUGCAUAUAAUGUUUCACAAAUGCUCAAUAGAAGAUUAAACCUCUAUGCAGGUCCACCACUUAUGAGAGGCAUUCUAUACUCAAUAGUAGGUAUGUUUGCAACAGGUUUAUAUUUCCUAAUGACUGACAUGACUGAAGUUCAUUAUGAAACAAAUACUGAUGAGAAAUUGUGUGAACUUGGUCCAGAGUAUGUCAAAAGUGGUAAAAUAUUUUAUGAAAAAUUAUUAAACAGAAAUCAAGCUCUAAGGGAAUUGAUGGGAAGUGAAGGAGAAAAGAAAUAUAGUAAAAUGGGAAAUGAGAAUUUUGGCAUCCGACAACCCAGGAUAGCAUUAGUUCAUAGAAAACUUUACUUUGAACAAAAAAUUAAGGAAAUAAAUGACACUGAAAUAUCUGAUCACAGUACUGAUGUGUUGUUGUAGUUUAAACUAAUAAGUUGGUUUAAAUAAGCAUACAAGAAUGAUUUCUUAUAAAUAAAUGCUUCUGUUUAUGAA